AUGGAAAAGCAAGCUCCUUUUGUGAUUGAUUGUAUUCUCAAUGCGGCCGGUUCGUCGCCCGCCGGAAUCCUCGGAAAUGCUUACGAAUACACUGAUUUACUUAAAUGGUACGCGGAGAUCUUCUUCGAUGUUCGCCGGGUGAUUAAUGAGGCAUUUAAACAUCUAUCCUCUGUCUUUGUACAGAUAGUAGCGGUUCAUCGUCGUUACCACGGCUUGAUGACCAACCAGAAAUUGCGUCGCGUUAUUGAUCAUGAAGUGUUUUUGGCGCGCCGCCGUGAACUUCCGGGAGUUAACUAUGAGAAGUUGUAUUUGAUGCCUGGCGAUGCGGGAUAUGUUCUGUGGACCGGUGUAAAGCGGUCGUUCCGCACCGCCAUUAUUGAAGUGUUGAACUGGCAAUUCGAGGGUGAUAACCUCGAUGACGUGCUCGAUAACGUAUUGGAGGGUUGGCCAGUCAUUAUUGGGGAGCUGUAGGGGCUUUUCGGUGUGGC